CCAGAAUGAUGCAUCUGCCUUGCAGCAGGGAGCCAACCUCUUCAACAUGCAGCCCCGGCAGAAUGGACGUCCAAGGCGGCAGAGCUGCAGCUGGCACUCAGUCGGGUCCAGAGACUCUAAGCGUACUGGGAAGCAGGGGCAGUUUUAGUGACCAGGUAAACACAGGCAAGAAGAGCCCCAUAGAACAGAUGGAGGGAGCUCACCGCUCCCCACGGCCUCUGCCCUCUUCCCCUGAGGACAGCAAGCAAGCUGCCCCCUGUGCAGUCUGGAGCCACACUCCCCUGUGCCCGGCAGCCCUGCCUGCCAUGGGCCCCCUUUUUCCCUGCAAUAGUCCCAUUGCUCAGAAGCAGCAGGUACUGAGGAGAAGAUCACCCGACAACAAGCUAGAGCGACUCAGAGAGAGAAUUCGGGAGCAGAAGCAGCGACACCAACGUCUGAUUCAGGAAGCGAAGCAACCCAGUGCCAGCUAUGCCAGGGAACUGCUGCAUCUAGGGCCCCUGAAGAGGAAGGUUCGCAAAGUGGCCUUUGCUCCUCCAGCCCCAGUUUACAGAGGUUUUAGUGCUGUAAAACUGAAGGUUGCUCAUUCUUCUGCAGAUGAAGAGACUGGAAUAUCAGAAUUUGAAGAAGUGGCCACCACCAGACAAAGUGGGGAUUAUAAAAACAAGAGUCCAGACCAAAGAGACAGACGCAUGACAAGCAGAAGUCAAAGGCCCAAGCAAGAACAGAGUUCAUCCAAGUCUCCUGUCCCAGAGAAAACACUGAAAGAGAAAGGAUCCAAACUGAUUGGUGCUUCUGCAUGGCGAGAAGGUCAGAAGCUGGUGAAAAAGUUGCUUGGUCCACUUCCUAAAUUUACAAAGCUGGGGAGCACAUCUGAAGAGUGGAACCCUAAAAAUGACUCUGAACCUGGUAAAGAUUUUAUAGCAACCCCACAAAUAGAACAAAGCUCUAGAGAAAAUGGUGUUCCCGGGGGAGGUGAUCACAUGUGGAACAGCCCUCCACAUAAAAGCUGUCAGACUACACCCAGCAGUUCCAUUGAAAUUGCCAGCAAUGCACUGACCAGAGAUGCAAAGCAAAUACUAAGGGAUCUACAUUUGCAAAACCAAUCUUGUGAGGAAUGCAUAAGUACAAAGCCGCAGAAAGAUACCAUAACAGGAAAGGCAGAAGAUUCAAAGCCAUAUCCAGAAACCAAUCCUCCUUCAACUGAAAUCAGCAGCAUCACUCGCUCCAAUUACAGCAGAGACAAGACCAGGUCCUCGUUAAUGAAAGCUGGAAUAGAGCCAAGAAAUUGCAAUGGAAGAAAAAGUGCAUCUCUUCCAAGAAGUAAGGGCUCAAACAGCCCAGGACAGAAACUGUCCGAGAAGGAAAAUGUUAACCAGUCUGCUCAGAAGAGGGUAAACGUAGGGAAAGCCCACACCUACAGCCCAGAAGAAGUGCAUGAAUUUAUGCACAGAAAGGUUGAGGAAAGAAAGAAGAAAAACCUAGAAGAGAAAAAGUCUUUAAAGCAGGCCAGAGAAACAAGAGCUCAGAGAUUGCAAGAGUUGUACAGGAAACAGAAGGAAGCUUUUGCAAAGAAAUCAUGUUCUGGGGUGGCACAGACUUUAAACAGGGGAAUUAUUCCUGCAACACAAGGUUCUCAGUAUAAACUUGCCCAAGAACAGACCAUGAAAAGGAGCCUGGAAAGGAAUUUUAUGGAGUGGGUGCAUAAAACAUCAUGUGCUUUAUUGAGAAGUGAGGAGCAGGGAAGCAGUGACUUACAUCCAAAGACGAGCCAGCCACCUAAAGCAAAAGAGACAUUUGAUUUUCCUUCUUCACUGGCAUCUGAAAGUGGGUUCCUCAGCCCUUUGAACCUUAAAGACCUGGCAGUCAGCCCUUCUCCAGCUCAGUACCUGCCUCCCCAGAGCUUUUUCCUUCCACUGAAAACUGCAAAAUCUGGCCUCAACGCCUCAGCUUCUGAGGAUACUUCCAGCCUCCCUCCGUAUAGAAAUACACAGGACAGAGUGAAGGCCAUUCACUCCCUAGCCAGGGAGCUCGGUGAGCGGAUUGAGAUGGCAACUAAAAGACUGAGGGGGACAAGCAGGCUACAAGACUCUAACGACAAUGGAGGAGAGGAACAUAUACCUUUAGAACCUCCCAAUUGGUCUUCUCCACGGUCAAAGCCCAAGACACCUAAAAGUGAGGGAAACAGGACCAUGAACAUACGAACACUCCUGGGUGUUCAGAGUCCUAAUGGCGUAUGGAUUUCAUUAGACCCUGCACAGGAUAGCACGCUCUACUUGGGUAGCCCCGAAGGAGCAGAAGCCCGGAAAAGGAAGGAGCGGAUACAGGCUGACACAGCCGCUGUUAGCGAGGAGUUACCGUGGAGUUCCAAUUCGGUGAUGCAUGGGAAAGCCCUGAAGGAUGUGUGGGAAGAUUUUACCGUGACGAAGGAAUCUGACAUGGAAAGGUGCCUAUUGCGAGGAAAGCCGAUAGCCAGCAUAGCCUCUCCAUCUCCCAGAUUCCUCACUAGAAGACCAAGUCUCAAAACAUCUCUCAGUCAUGGAUUUGAACCCCGCGCUUCUCCAACCAGAAGGAUUGGGAUGCAAAAAGAAUUUGACGAUGACUUUGGCAGAGAUCCCAGAUGCAUAGAUCUGGAGGAGAGAUACAGGGAUCACCUUGAAAACAUACAGCAAACAUCUCUGAGGCUGGCUCACAAACUGAAGGCUGAUCGGCUCCAACAGGAAGGGCGUCUGGCUAUCCUGCGUGAGAAAGCAAAGCUAGAAGCUCAAGAGAGCCAGAGGUCUUUGGAUGAGUUGCUCAAGCAUCAGUUAGCGGGGCUGAAUGGCUCCCAAGCCAGAUGCACUGUGAGGGCAAGACUGAAGCAUGCUAAGCAAGACCAGAGAGAAUAUCAAUUUGAAGGUGAUCCCAAAAGAGGUGAUACAGCCGAGGACAGCGUUAGGGCAUGGUCUCCAAAACACUCUGCACUGAAAACUGAAAUCAACUGCCACGUGAUGGAUGCCAUAAAAGCCACAGAGAGAAAAUCCACUGGGGAAAUGAACCUGGAUUCCUCAACCCAGCAACAAGGAUCCCUGUCUGCACAGCAUGGGGACUCUUUGCACACACGUCAAUCCUUGAAUCCUUUGCCUCCUUCAGUAAAUCAGCCCAACAGCAAGACACUGAGAGCAGAUGAUUCAGGAGACAGCAGCGAACAAAUGGAUUCCACAAGCCAGUGGAGUGAAGUCAGUCAGUUCUAUGGAGGGUCCAGCACCUUUUGCCGUUUUAGUUUGACAAUGGCUGAGCAGUACUUGAGGGAAGAAGAACUACGAGCCCGGCACCAGACUGCCCUCCUUCGACUCCGAGAAAAAGCCCUUCAGGAGAAAACCAAGGCAGAGCUGGCCUGGCUGGAGCAUCGGAAAGGCUGUCUGGAUAAUCUGCGAGACAGUGAGGAAGUGUCUGCCAUAGCUGAGAAGCAGCACAAAAUCCUAACCAGGCUGAAGCAAGAACAGGCGGAAAUCCAGCACCUGCGAAAUAUCUACAGGGCAGCUCACCAGGAGAGAAAGCUGCUAUUAAAACAGCAGAGAGAAAUCUUACUAAUGCAGCAGUCAACAGCACAACUCCAGCGGGAGCUGCAUGGGUUGGCACAAGGGCCACAGUUUACAAACAGCUCAGCAGACAUUGAAGAAGCAAUAAAGCAGAAGAAGACUGGGACAAUUUCCAGUCCAGCAAUAUCCUCCGUGCCAGCAGAAGCUACAGCAUACUCACAAAGGCCUGUUCUGUCAAGGAAUGGAAACAGUUGUGCCCAGUUAAAUAAUACACUGAGCAGGAAAUACAAGAGCUUUCCUACUGAGAAAGAGAAAACAUCGCUGCAAGGCAGGCAGCAGGCAGAGGUGCCUCAGCGGUGGAAGCAAUGGUCAGGUGCACGAGACCCCGAGGUGUUUGAAACAAUGGCCAAGGAACCAGGUGAUUCCAGUGAUCGAAGCACAGACCCACUUGUGAUGGAUAAAGACUCUGAAAACACAGAGAUUAAUGAUAGGUGUCAUGCUCUCUUACAUUUGGAACACACAAAUUCAGCCGAAAUGGAUGAAGCUACACUCACCUCUGUUCCGAUAGAAGACAAACCCCAUGAAUUUCUUGAUUACGAUCAUAAGGAAAAGAAGUUUGUUUCAAACCGAGCACUAGCCCCUAAAGACAAUGAGGAUAUUAAUUCCCAUGACAGUAACGCUACCUCAUCCUCAGUGGAAGAAUUAGAGAGUGAUACACUGACAAUGGAAAAGGUGCACAGGGUGCAAGGAGGAAGCCAAGAGACUGCAGGAGAAGACGAAGGCUCAUGCCAUCCAUAUAAGGCUAAUGAUGGUGACAGAGGGUCAGGGUUGAUUUCAGAUGGAACCUCAGCAGUGGAAGCACAGACAGGAAACGGAAGGCGGUCAGAGGAGCAGAGGACAAAUGUGAACUCCAAACGAGACUCGGACAUCACUUACAUGGGUGUAAAAAAACUCCAGGGGUCUGAAAUCCUUCCACUGCAAGAUGUUCCAGUCAACGAAGAAGAAGCGAAAGUAUCUGCACCAUAUGAGAAAAAUCCUGCUGAGGACAACCAGUUGAUUAGGCAUGUGGACAACGAUCCGUGUGAUCCCUCUGAUGAAGAGCAUGCUUUGAAAACAUAUUCAGAGGGACUAGAGUACACAGAAUCAUCCACUGAAUCACACGACUCCUCUCUGAGAUGUGAGAGUGUAAACUCAUACCACUCCCUCCCUGAAUUUCACAAAGUGACUGCGGUUCGGAUCGACGUCUCAGAAAGCUCUGUUUCAGACGCUGAAUUAGAAGCUGAGGACACAGAUAUCAGCCUCCCUGAGGAGUUUACCAUCCAGCAACAACUGUGUGGUGGCGAUGAUGCUGAUGCGUUUCCUAACCCUUUGACAAAGGCACAGAUAGCAGUAAGUGACGGAAAUGAAUUAUUAUCCAGUGAUAUAUGUGAUGAACAAGUGCCCCACGAUGAUUGCAAUCGUGAGGCCUCAUCGCUCUUUCAUGGCUCUGAAAAACGUCUUGGAGAUGUUUCAGAAUAUGAGUGUGCUUAUGAAUCACAUUCUGUCACUUCCUCAAACAGCGAAAAGCCAACGCUAAGUGCCUCAGGGAGAGAAGAACCAUUUUCCUUUCAGUUCGAUAACACUGCUAAUGGAAGGAGCAAGCCGUACUUGGAAGCUUCAGCUCUAUUGCCUUGCUCAGAAAACUGCCGUGUAAACAAGAUCCCCUCUCAGGGAAAAUCUGAGCAGCAUUCAGAUUCAUCAUCCAGCUCCUUAUUGUAUAAUGACGAUUUUUGUACCGAGGAGACCUUUGAACAACAGGAUUCUGAAAUUAGCAAAGCGGAAAAGGAUGGUGAAAGUUAUGGUUUAUCUGUUGGUCAGAGUAAAGUAGCGUUCACGUGGUUUCCAUCCGAAAGUUCCCUGAAGCAUCUAGAUGCUGUUUCUGAGCAGUUCAAUAACUGUGUAUUGCUUCCACCUAAAAAAUCCAUGACAAAUGAACAGAUGCUAUUGUUUCCUGUAGACUCUUCACUAGCCUCCAGAGACUUGUCAGGUUUAGAGGAAGCUAAAACUAAUCAGACAGAACUUUUAACUGAAGGACACAUAUCCAACAAACCAAACGAAAUUGCCUCGCCACACUUAUCAAUGCCCACAAGUUCUGAAGAGGCUCCUAGAGAAGCUGAAGUCAGUUCAUUUGACACACAAACCUUUCAAAGGGUGGCUGCACAAAAUCAAAAUAACUCAGCAAGAGAAGGACAAACCUUCAAGAAACCUGAGAUGGUGCCACUUUGUUCUAUCACCUCCAAAAAGCAGUUGCCACAAGCAAGGCACUGCCCUUCUGAGAGUGAAGAUGAUAUGAUUUUUAUCAGUGAUGAGGUUCCGCCUCCUAUUGAUAAAGAUACCUUGUCAGAAAUACUGUCUCCUGUUGACGAAGUGCUAUCCUAUGGAAGUGUUGAUUUACCAUCAUCUAAUAAAAAGGAUUUGUCAUUGUACAGUGAGGACCUUCCCACACCCCCAGAAGAGGUAGGUGGGAUAAAAAGUGGGGACAUUAGCUUCAGCACAGAAGACUUCCCUUCUCCACCAGAACAAAUGACAUUCUCCGAGAUGAGAGAUUCACACUAUUCUCUGAAUGAAGAUGUGUCAGGACAAACAGACGAGUUACCCUCAUUAGGUGAUAGCACUAUACCUGAAGAAUUGCCCCCACCAUCUCCAGAGUUAAUGGAUGUUUUUUCAGCUCAAGACAGGACUCUCUCUGGAUGUUGUUCGGGUAAAGAAAUUAUUUCAGGCGGAAAGGAGGACUUAUUAGAACAUGUGACAGCGGAAAACGAGACAACAUUGCAGCCAUUAGGCUCACUCUGUAUGUCAAGUCCCACUUCUUCAGAACAAGCCAUUAAAAGGCCGGAACAUUUAAAGAAACAAAGCAAGCCAUUUUUAACGCUGUCCAAAGCUCAGGAAGAUCAUGAUGACCCAUUAUUAUCAUUUGAAGUUGGAGACAGAGUAUUAGUGAAGCACAUCCAGCCAGGUACGCUGAUGUUCAAGGGAUGUACCUCUUUCGAUGAAGGUUAUUGGGCUGGCGUGGCACUUGACAAACCAGAGGGUGAUCAUGAUGGAACUUAUGGAGGAGUGAAAUACUUCGUGUGCGCUAAAUAUUUUGGCAUCUUUGUCAGACCUGAUCAAAUUUCACAUCUCUUGGAGGAUAAUGAAAAGAGUUCUGAUUACUCCAGGAAUGAAGACUCAUUCUCUGAUGAUGGAUCAUCCAGGGGGGACUACAAACGUGCUGAUGAUAACCAGCAGGGAACAGGAUAUACAGAGCAGAAACCUGAAGACACAUACAGUGCACGAGGUUCAGCAUUGAAAGAAAACAAGUCUAGGUCACAUACGUCCAUGCCAUCAGGAAAAGAGCACAAAGGACAGUUUCCUACCAAUGAGCAGUAUAUAUCUAAUGAAUUCACUUGUCAAGCUGACUUUGUAUGUUUAGAAUCAGAGAAGGAAACAAGAGAGCUAACACAGAGAAAGAAAGAGACAAUUGCAGAAGAUGUGCUUCCAGUGAGAAAUAAAGACAGUAACACAGAAGAAGUAAACAAGAGCAAACGCAUUAGUUGCUCGUUGAAAGAUCAAGAAAGAAAUAAACUGGCUGAUGAUAUCUCAAGCGAGCUCACAAAAAAACUUUUGUAUGACACUUUAAGUGCAUUUUCUGAUACAACCGAACACAAAUAUAAGAGUGCCUUUGAAAGAGAACUGCGGAAUCAUGUUAAAGGCCUAAAAAAAGAAGGCAAUCACAGCACUAGCUUAUCAGAGCGAUCAGCUGAAGUUUUGGAUGUCUUACGAUGUGACUUUGACACACUUAGCAUUCAUGGGCCUCACACAGCACAAACAGUAGCAGAAAAAAUUGUAACUAAAUUUGUAGAUGAUGCAGUGAAAGAAUAUAAGAAAAUUAAAAGGAAACAAGGAGCUAAAGCAGACACGAUGUUUCACCUAUCUUCUGAGAUUCCUCAAGGCACUUUGCCAUUCCUUAUUAAGAUCCUCGAUGCUGGUGUUUUUGGAAGCUCUGAAGAUUUUGAUCAGCUCAAUACUAUCCAACAUACCAAGGAGAUAAAAACUCAAAGGCAAACUCAGCAUAGAUUAGAUCACUGGCACUCAGCUCCUUGGAAGAAAACAAUGGAGGUUCCUCUGGUGGUACCACAUAAUAGUUCACAUGUUAAGAUACUGUCUGCACAUGCAGUAGAUGAACUAUGGACGCCUCAAAACAUUUGUUCAAAUUCUAGGAGGAUCCAUGUGCCAAAGGAUUCUGAAUGUAAUGACAUCUCAGAUGACGAUCUGGAAGCAGAAAGCAAGAGGAUUUACAAUCAGGUUAUAUUUGAUUUAACUCACGAGCUGCUACACGCAGAAUAUCAGGUGACAGCAAAUCCAAAUCCUCUUCCGUGGCUCAAAGAAAAUUUGGAUUCUCGCUAUUACAGACAUAUUUGCAGAAAAACAGAUAUCAGUGAGGUCAAGUCAUUUAUUCAGGGAGAAAUUAUUAAGAUAAUGAACUUGGAAAAGAACAGCUUGGAGAUGAAGAGGAAACUCCUUAAUAUGACCAAGUAUGGAAAUUGUAAAAGGGACCGAGUGGAUCUUAUUCUGAUUCAGGAGCUCCACAAAGAAGAAUCUCAGUGGACUGACUAUGCUGAGGAUGAAUUAGCUGUGAAGAUGAGAGUAACUGAAGAUAUUUUUGACAGCUUGGUCCUUGAUACAAUAGGAGUUCUUAAAAAGAUCUCUCUCAAAAGAACUUCUGAUUAGAUGUUUCUCUUAGAGCCCACAGUGGUGGAGGUUUUAAGCUCUGUGAGUUUCAAGGCAAUGGUUCCAUAAGCAUAUGCGUAAGAAUUUUCAUUCUGAACUUUGCAUCCAAUACCAGCAUCUCCUGGCUAAGUUAUAUGUUCAUGUUAACAGUGAAAAGGGUGCAAACAAUUGACUUACAGGGAUGAAAAAAUAUCACCCCCCCCUUAUGCACUGUAGAUAAUGUCUUCAUGGCAGUGCCACAUAUUCUGCUCCAAAAGGCCAAGAAGGGGUCAGCCGAAAGGAGGGGCCACCACAUCUGUGUUUAGGCAGAUCCUGUGACCCCCUACACACCUAUAGAGAGGCUGUGGUCAUUGUGGCAACCUACAGGCUGGAGUUGCAGUAGCAGCAGCUACAGAGGGGCUCACCAGCAGUUCUUCACUCUGACCCUGGAUUGUGGAAGUGGAUUUGAUUUCCUUAACCCCCUCCAAGCUCUCCCUAAUUUCUCAGGAUUUACGCAGGUGGAACGGAUUUUGUUCACAUUUGAGACCACGAUUCCUGCUCUCUGCACUAAUAUCGGCCCUACUGCUCAUGUGCCUUAGAACCAUGCUGUCCCCUCUGCUGGUUGUGCUAAACCCUUCAGUUUCUUGAGAUAUUUAAGAUUAAAUUGGAGAAAGCAAAAUGAAACUGGAGCAAGAACAUACUGUACAGAAUGCUCCUGCCCUGGCUGGGGUAGGCAAAUGAUCAAGUAAGUAUUUCUGUUUCAGUGUCUGUGCUCUUAUGUAAAUAAGACACAUACCAAUUGUCUGUACACUGUGAUGCACUUUAAAUGGGAUACUUCCUAUCAGCAGCCCAGUUUGAUGAAUGCUGUAUAUAUUUAUGCAAAUAAUUAGGUCUUUGGUAUGCAUUUAGCACAUGUGAGUUUGUUUGAAUUAUUAUAAUCCCCCUAAAAAGAAUGUAUGCUGAGCAUGUAUGACUUGCCUUGGGAUGAGCAAAAUUGGGAAACUGAGGAAGUAGAAGAGGAAAAUAGGAUGUUCACAUUCCUUGAUCCAGAUAAGGUUUCCAUGUGUGCCCUGUACUUGAAUUUUUUUCAUAUUCAGAGAAGGCCAAUGACUUUGUUACUGUUUUAAACAAACAUUGGCCAGUAGAGACUAGGGGUCUGAUUUGUUUGUAUAUGAUUUGUUAAUUGGUGUUUUAUUUAAUUUAUCAAUAUACAGAAAAUGCUUAAAACUGAGGAAUCAAAUAAUUAGUUCAGUUGAUUUAUUAAAUCCUACUCAUUCAGGGAAUCAAGAUAAUUAAUUUAAUAUAAAUUAUAUGUAACUGUUUAUAUUUAAGGCACAAUAUUUAAGAUUUGGAAUUGUUGGACAAGAUGUAAUGCAAAUGUAUUUUGUGUUAAUAUUUUUAAAUAUAGAUACUUCAUACUGCAGUUUUCAAAUUGAUUUGUUAGGCUUCUGAACAACUUAAAUAAAACCUUUCUU